AUGGCUCCCAGAUAUCUUCUUUUUUUUUUGUUUCCUUUAUUCCUCGUUUCUGUUAUAUCUUCACAAUGCGUUGCUACAGUCUAUCCCGCUUGCUACUCUGGCACUGCAUGUAAAUGUCCUCAACCUCCAAGUGCCCUUCCACAGGGCGAAUAUUGCGGUGGUCAAAUCAGAUGUGAUCCUUGCCAUGUUUACGAAUGUAAUCCUCAAGGUGGAACCUGUGAUUAUGGUUAUCGAGACUCUUGUAUUUGUGCUGCGGUUACGACAAGCGCGACGUUUCUCCAAAGCAUAGGUUUUCAAACAAUUCUAGAAUUAAUUAACAGCUGUGUUGUUAUAGCGCCAUUAGGAUUAGAAACUUUUGGUGGUGCUGAAGUUGUAUGUGCAGCUAUUGUAGGUUUAGGAGCAGCUGUACUCGUUGAAAGUACU